GUUAACUUUUUAAAAAUAGUAAAUAGUAGUUUUCAAUUCAUUAAAAUGACCGAUGAACCUAAAGAAAAGUCUCUCGUUAUUUUCGGUAGAGACGUAGGCAAAAUCCCUUGUUUUCGAAAUAGCAUGUUUUACGGAAUAACAGGAGGCCUGUUUUCCGGUUUAGUGAGGUUCAUGUUUACCAGUCACCCGCAGAAAUCCUCGAACUUUGCCGUUCUAUCAUUCUCCUUCAUUACAUUAGGAUAUUGGGUACAUUGUAGAUACGAGUAUUCGAAGUUGAAGUUUGAAACCAUGAGGCUCCAGGAGUUGCUAAGAAGGAACACUUUACUCGAAGGAACCCAAGCAGACGUCCAAAUAGAGGAAAAAUUUGGAACCAAACCUGCCGAUGCAUAA